AUCUCAGUCAACAUUUUAACUCUACCACUACAACCUCUUAUCCAGCAAUGAAUCAGCACUUUGGACACUCCCUGCGAGAGGAAGCAAGUUCAGCAGAGGAGGGCUGACAGAGCUCCCCCCUCUCAUGACUCACUGGAAAGGGAAACCAGUUAGUUCUUGUUCCUCCCUGCAGAGAGACAGACGGACUGAAAGACAGACGCUCAGAUUCACCUUCAGACCAAACUAACACCUUCCUCUGAGUUCAGCUCCAGGAGAGAAAAGAGGGAGCUACAACACUGCUGCUUCAACCUGCUGACCCCCCCACCCUGAAGCUCCACUCAGAGACAACAUGGCUUCCAGGUUAGAGGCAGAGCUCUGCUGUCCGGUCUGUCAGGAAGUCUUUAGAGAUCCUGUCAUCCUGUCCUGCUGCCACAGCUUCUGUAAAGCCUGUCUGCAGAACUGGUGGGAUGGGAAAGAAGUGAAGGAGUGUCCAGUUUGUAAGGGAAAACAUUCAAUAACUGACCCACCUUGUAACCUGGCUUUGAAGAACCUGUGUGAGGCCUUCUUGCAGGAGAGAGAGCAGAGGUCUCCAGAGGCUCUCUGCAGCCUGCACUCUGACAGACUCAGACUCUUCUGUCUGGACCAUCAGCAGCCAGUGUGUCUCGUCUGCAGAGAUUCAGAGAAACACACCGACCACAGAUUCAGACCCAUCGAUGAAGCUGCACGACAACACAAGAAGGAGCUUCAGGAAACUCUGAAACCCUUAAAGGAGAAACUGAAGCUCUUUGACGAAGUUCAAGUGAAGUUUGAUCAGACAGCAGGACACAUGGAGGUCCAAGCCCGACACACAGAGCUGCAGAUUAAGGAGCAGUUUAAGAAGCUUCACCAGUUUCUAGAAGAGGAAGAGGAGGCCAGGCUGGCUGCACUGAGAAAGGAAAAGGAGCAGAAGAGGAGGAUGAUGGAGGAGAAGAUGGAGGCUGUGAGCAGAGAGAUAGCAGCUCUUUCACUCACAGUCAGAGCCACAGAGGAGGAGCUGAGAGCUGAAGACGUCUCUUUCCUGCACAACUACAAGGCUGCAGUGGAGAGGCUGCAGCGCCCCCUGCUGGAGGAUCCACAGCUGCCCUCAGGGGCUCUGAUAGACCAGGCCAAACACCUGGGCAACCUCAGCUUCAACAUCUGGAGCAAGAUGAAGGACAUGGUGUCCUACUCUCCUCUCAUCCUGGACCCAAACACUGCUCAUCCAAACCUCAUCCUGUCUGAAGAUCUGACCAGAGUGACACGAGGAGAGAGACAGAAACUUCCUGAUAAUCCAGAGAGGAUUGAUUACUGCCGUGUCCUGGGCUCUGAGGGCUAUAACUCAGGGACUCACAGCUGGGAUGUCCAGGUUACAGACAGUACAUUCUGGCUACUGGGUGUGUUAGUAGAGUCUGUCCAGAGGAAGGGACUCAUAGAUUCUGGAUUAUGGAGAAUAGGUUUCAAUAAAGGUAAAUACUCAGCACAGUCACCAUCAGAUCCACGCACUCCUCUCCGCCUGCAGAAGAAGCUCCAGAGGGUCAGAGUGAAUCUGGACUGGAACAGAGGAAAGCUGUCGUUCUCUGAUGCUGACACUAACACACACAUACACACCUUCACACACACUUUCACUGAGAGGAUGUUUCCAUUCAUUUACACUCAGGAUGAAGUGAAGGUAUCACCAGUGGAGGUGUGUGUGACAGUGGGUCAGAGCAGCUAGAGAUGAACAGGAUCAUUAUCUCUAUGAGCUUUAUCUCUUAAAGGGAAACACUCGGACCUCUGAAGCCGCUCCUGUCCUCCUGCCGUCUCUUUAUUCUAAACAUGUCUUUAUUUUUCCCACUUUCUUUAAAUUUUUAUGACACAAUUGUUAGAUUUUGUUGGGUUACCGUGAGAUUUAAAUAUAUUUAUUUACUUAUGACAUCACUUUAUGCCAGUUUAUUCUGUCUUCAGGACACAUUGGAAGGAGGGUUUUAAACUUUCCAAGACUUCUGAUUAGAUAUAGCAACAUGGAAAUACCGUUUAAGAAGUUUAGAGAAGUAUACACGUUAUGAGCUUUUCCAACUUUCUUGACAUUAAAAUGAACAGCCCAAACAUUUAUAGUAUUAAACAAAAUUAAUCAAAUGCUUUUUCAUUAAAAACAUUUUAGUUUAAUGUUUAUGUUUUAAUUCCUUUAUUUUAUUUUGUUGUUUUAAUCUUUUAUUUUAUUGUUUUAAUACUUGCAUUUUUUUACAGCCCAUUAACGUCCCUGUCUCAGUUAUUGGGGUGGGGGCUUCAAGUUUGCAUUUGUGUCUGAGACCCUUUCAGACAGAAGCAGAGGGGUUCACUGAGAGCUGCUGCUGGAGUGUCUGUAGAGUUCAGUGUCUCACACUGCCUCGCUGAACCAGUUCUUGAACUCUUCAAACCUGUCCCCACUUCCCAAACUCUUGUGAUGUUGCCCCGUGUGCUGCUCAUUUAUCUUUCUAUCUUGAUGCUCGUGUUUUCUUCCAGAAAAGAGAGCUCUGAAGCAGAACAACAGUACCAGUGACAAAGGCUGUGGGCAAUGGUUCUGGACUCCUGCAUGUUCCUUUUUCAGUUUCCUAAAGUUUCUCUCUCAUACAUUUUGUCUUUAAUUACACACACCAAUCAAAAGUAGAGUCAUUUAGCAUCUCACACUGCUUCCUAAAACCUGUUACUCUCCAAACUCUCCCACAUUUCGGGGGUUUUAUCCAGCACUUGCUUUCUAAACCUCCUAAGUCUUUUACCUUUUCCAUCCUUAAUGGUCUAAGCUGUGGACCAAGGGUCCCAGCUCUUUAAACUUCACCAGCUGUUGGUGCUUUGUGUUGUUCUAUAUUGAUAAAAGCUUUGGUCUGUUUUCUAAACUCUGAAGCUACGUGGCAUUUGGAAGUUUUAACCUGCAUGGAAAUCAACCUGUCAAUAACAACAAACCCUAAACCUCCUCAGACUUUACCAAACUGAAUGCAGAUGUGCAUUAAUGUGAUGCAUGGUGGGGGGGAUAAUGGGUCAACGAGUAAAAGUGUUUUCACAUUAGCUCCACAUUUUCGACACCCUGAAAUAAAGAC